GCAAUCCAGCACCGCCCAUUUCCUUUGAGGAAAAAAAGUAGUCAGCUAUUUUUUAGCUGACAUCUUAGUAUUUUUAGCUGUUAGCCACUACUGCUAAGUAACUUUUCAAGAUAUUUCUUGUUUCAAAGUGUAUACACGAGUUGCACGAAGUCCACGCUGUGAACAAGAGCAGUUACGCGACCUUUGAGAAGUUACUAUGGAAGAGGUACAGCAGGGCAGCAAUGGAACCGAGUCCCAGACUGCCAUCAUUCCCACUACCAUCACAACUACUCAGUUCUCACAGAUAGCCCAACAGAUGUCACUGGGUGGUUCUUCUGUCGCUGUGGUACAGCUACCCGGGGGUCAGUUGCAGGUUCAAGGAGUGAUCCAGUCUGCACAGUCAUCAGUCAUUCAGUCCCCUCAGAUGCAGACUCCACAGGCCCCGGGUACAGAUAGUGAAGAUUCACAGGACUCAUCAGACAGUGGAGUUACAGCCCGGAAGACCAGAGAAAAACUGGCAAGACGGCCUUCAUACAGAAAAAUCCUAAAUGAUCUUUCAGCUGAGGAAGUGACACACAUCGAAGGAAAGGAUAACAGCCCAGCUUCCACAGGAGUGACAGGUGUUACAGUACCCACAACCCCAAUCUACCAGACCAGCAGUGGCCAGUACAUCACUAUAGCCCCUAAUGGCACAAUCCAGCUGGCAACUCCAGGGUCUGAAGGCAUUCAGGGUCUACAGGCUGUCACCAUGGCCAACGCUGGUGGAGCCCAGCAGAGCACUACUGUCCUUCAGUAUGCGCAGACACCGGACGGCCAGCAGAUACUGGUACCUAGCAACCAGGUUGUUGUACAAGGUGCAGGAGGAGAGCUGCAAACAUACCAGAUUCGUACAGCUCCCACAUCCAGUUCCCUGCCUCAGACUGUAGUUGUGUCCUCUCCUGUGGGACUGUCUCAGGCCAAGACUGACGAUCCAACAGUGAAGAGGGAAAUCAGGCUUGCCAAAAAUAGAGAGGCAGCCCGUGAAUGUCGAAGGAAGAAAAAGGAAUAUGUAAAAUGCCUGGAAAACCGUGUAGCUGUUCUUGAAAACCAAAACAAGACCCUGAUUGAAGAACUAAAAACAUUAAAGGACCUUUAUUGUGUGAAAACAGGAUAAGUUGUUUGAAUACAGGUUGAGGAUUGAGACGUAAUGUUGGAGUGGCAGAGCUCGGCCCUUUGAACGUGAACGGGGUUUCUGGGAACAUUUCAUUUCAGGUUGAGAUCCUCCACUUUUUUACUCUGUUUAAUAUAAAAGUGACUUGUAAUGGCAGAAAGAUAUACUCGACAAAUAAAAAAAGAAUUUGGCCAUUUUUCCAUCUGCUGUUUUUUUUUUGUUUUUGUUUUUUUAAUUUGCUAAUGCUAUAACAUUUAUAGUUGUGUAUAUUUUUAAUACUGGGAGGUUUGAAAUUGAAAUUGUGAGCUUUAACUUUGAGUUUCAGUUUCUAAAUGUGUCCCUUUCCUUCUUUCUUGUGUUUUUAAAUACAUUGUUGUUAGAGGUUUUCUUUUUAAUCUUCUAACAGCAUCUGCAGAAUUUUGACUGUAUAAUUACUACACAGACAUAAUUCCUCUUUAUUUUGUGAACCAGCAAUUCCCCCCAUUCCUUAUAAGGAUAUGUUACGAUUGUCAUUCCUUAUUUUUGUGCAAUGAAAUAUAAAGGGUAACAGAAAUUAUGACAUUGAGUGAUGUUUGUUUGGUUGUUUUUUUGGCAGUUACUUAGACAAUCAGGGAAAAAAAGCACAGUGUCCAGGUAAUAUUUAUUAUGUACAUCUUGGGAGGGGUGGGGAAGAAGAACAAACAGAAAUGUUGCUGAUUCUGUAAGUAAAUAAAUAUAUUUUCACUCAAUAAA